AUGAACGGUCCGUCAAAUGGCGUGGCGAACGGCUUAGCGCAAUCCAAAAGGAAAACAUUCUUCUUCGACAUAGACAACUGUCUCUAUCCCAAAUCCUACGCCAUUCACGAAAAGAUGUCCGAACUCAUCGACGCCUACUUCCAAACACAUCUUUCAUUGUCGCCCGACGACGCCGCGGAACUGCAUCAGCGCUACUACAAGGACUAUGGCCUGGCAAUUGAAGGACUUGUUCGCCACCACAAGGUCGACCCUUUAGAAUACAACGCCAAGGUCGACGAUGCAUUGCCGCUGGAAGACAUCAUCAAGCCAGAUCCUAAGUUGCGGAAAUUGCUCGAAGACAUUGAUCGCGAUAAUGUCAAGCUGUGGCUGUUCACGAAUGCUUAUAUCACGCACGGACGACGGGUCGUUCGACUGUUAGGCAUCGAAGAUCUGUUCGAGGGUAUCACUUUCUGCGAUUACGCCGCCAAGACGCUGAUAUGUAAGCCGAGACAGGAGAUGUACGAGCGCGCGAUGCGGGAGUCGGGAGCAAGCAAUUUGGAAGCGUGCUAUUUCGUCGAUGACUCUGCGCUUAAUGUUGUAGGUGCGAAGAAAUUCGGCUGGAAGGCUGCGCAUCUGGUUGAGCCAUCGUCCAAAGCGCCGGAGAAGCCGGUGGCUGAUUACCAAAUCCAGAAUUUGGAGGAGUUGCGAGUGAUCUUUCCUGAGGUGUUCAUGACGAGGUGA